AAAUUAUUCAAUUUGCAUCUGUCAAAAAUUUUGCCAUUCCCAUAAAAAAAAUUAAAAAUAUUUUGUUUUUCUUGCCCAACUUUUCUAUUUUUAAUAAAAAAAACAUAAAUUCUCUUCCAAUUGCCCAAACAUGAGUGGUGUUCAUCGCGAAGCUAUUCAAAAACAAAUCCAUCAAGAUUGGGCGAAUCGUGAGUAUAUUGAAGUAAUAACCGCCAGCAUUAAACGAAUCACUGACUUCUUAAAUUCCUUUGACAUGUCCUGUCGUUCCCGACUGGCUGUUCUCAAUGAAAAGCUAACAACUCUUGAGCGACGCAUUGAUUAUCUAGAAGCCUGCGUUACUCAAGGCGAAACACUCACAUAAAAAAAAGCACAAGAAACCAAUCAUCCCGAGAAAGAACACACAAAAACAAGACGACAACACAAAGGAAGAGAAGAAGCAAAGGCGAACAACAAUUUCUACUUUUCUUUUUUAUUUUAUAAGACAGCGAGAGACUAUUUUAUUUUAAAUACUUUUUUUAUUCCAAGGAAAACAAAAUGUGUUUUGCUUUUGUUCUUGUUUGUUUUGUAACUUUUUUCUUUUCUUUUUGUUAUUAAUCAAGUUCCAAUUCAAAAUGAUUCACGAAAGCCAAUUCAUCAUUUUGUCCUUUCUUUUUCAUAUGUUUUUUUUUUUUUCAUUUUCAUGUUUGCUUUUUUUUUUGUUUAAGAA